AUGCCGAGGAUACGCAAGAAGACGUCGAAGCGCGGCACCACAAACCAACGCCAGAAGAUCAAGCACAAGGUGUCCGAGAGCAGGAAGAAGGCGAAAAAAGAGGCGAAGAAAACCCCUCAGUGGAAAUCAAAGCACAAGAAAGACCCGGGCAUCCCGAACAACUUCCCGUACAAAGACCAGAUCCUAGCCGAGGUGCAGGAGCAGCGACGGAAGGCUGAGGAAGAAAAACAGCGCCACAAAGACGCGAAAAAAGCUGCGAAGGCCGCCGCUGCCUCUGGUUCCGCCGCCGACCACGAGGACGACUCCGAUGCCGAAGAGCAAACAGAAGAUGUCUCGUCUCAGGCCUUCGAUGGAGUGCACACACUAUCAUCCAGCGUCUCUCGUUCUGCCAAGGGCAAGGCGCCGGCAACCGCGGCAAAUGAGGGCGACGACGACGACGAGGUGCCGACGCUCGUUGAUCCCACGCUGCCGACGCUCCGUGCCGUGCUUGACAAGUCGAACGCGCUAGUAUACGUCCUCGAUGCCCGCGACCCCGCCGCAUUCCGCAGCGCGCAUAUUGAGGAGUUAGCCAAGGAAGGCGGGAAGAAAUUGCUCUUCGUCCUCAACAAAAUUGAUACGUGUCCCCGCGAGUCGCUCCUCGCCUGGACACAGCACCUCCGCACGUCCACCUCUGCACCCGUCCUGCUCUUCCGCUCCGCCUCUGCGUUCCUGCCCUCCUCUACCCCGUCUACUUCCUCCUCCUCUCCAUACACAUCGCGAAUGAAGGAAGGAACGAAGAAAACAUCUGAACGCGCAGAUGACGCCGUCGGCGUCGACGGAGUCCUUUCCCAGUUUGAAGACUGGUCCAAAGACGAAACUGGUGAUGAGCCAUUCACCGUCGCCGUAUUGGGAGUGACCAACUCGGGCAAAUCGUCCUUCAUCAACUCCCUCCUCGGCCGCGCCGCGCUCCCCAUCUACCGCACGCCCUCAGCCUCCGCCCCGCCCCUCGGCCCCUCGACCACCCUACGCCCCUCUCGCAUCUCUCUCUCCCUCUCGCGCUCCUCCUCCUCGUCUUCAACCAUCUCCCUCAUCGACACACCAGGCCUCGUCCCCUCCCCUCCCAGCCCCGACACUACGACCCCCGAGUCCCGCGACGCCCUCCGGGUCCGCGACGUGCUCCUCCGCGCGCGCGGCCGUCUCGACCGGCUCAAAGACCCGCUGCCCCCCGUCGCGCACCUCGUCGCGCGCGCGGACACGCAGGACCUGAUGGUGCACUACGCUCUCCCCGCCUUCGCUCCCGGCGACGCCACCGCGUUCCUCGCCGCGCUCGCGCGCGCGUCCGGCCUCGUGCGCAAGGGCGGCGCGCUCGACCACGCCGGCGCGGCCAGGCUCGUGCUCCGCGACUGGGCCGCGGGCAAGCUGCCGUGGUACACCCUGCCGCCUCCGCCCCCUCCAUCUGCUAGCGAGGAAGAGAAGACGAAGAAGGCGGAAGGGGGUGGCUUUACGGAGGACGACGAGAAGGUGCUGGAGGAUGCUGGCGUGCAGAGCAGGCGGGAGAGGCGGAAGAGCGGGGGCAAGGGCGUGGUGAAGAUGGCGCCGGGGUCAGUGGAUGAGAGGAAGGUGGCGGUGGACGCGCCGUGGGACGAGGACGAGGACGACGAAAACGGAUCUGACGAGGACGAGGACGUGGAGAUGCAUGUGGAUGACGAUGCAGAUGAGGAAGAAGCCGACGAGAGCAGCGAUGAAGAUGAAGUAGAUGAGGAAGUAGACGAUGAAGAGGAUGAAGAGGAAGAGGAAGAGGAAGCUGAGGACGAGGACCCACCUGCUGGCAAGCGCAAGCGCGCAUCGCAAGCGGUCUUCCCAUCCCGGCCCACCAAAAAGGUCGCGUUCGCCGCGCCCACCAAAGGUCGCGGACCCAAAGCGAGUUCCAAACCCUCGGCACCUCAACUCAAAUCGGCGCCCAAGUCCGCUCUCAAGCCCCCGACAAAAUCGUUAAAAGCCGCGAAGCUCGCGAAGCCGACCGCCACCAAACGCGCCCCGACGAAGCCCACAACGACCGCUCCCGCGCCAAAAAGCAAACCGGCGAACGCCACAGGGAAGAAGAAGACGUCGGCCGUCGCGCCGGGCGAGGAGGCGUACGAUUUCGGCAAAUUCUUCCGGUGACGACACUCCACGGGCGAAUGUGCGCGCCUCCCACCCCGCGGCGUGCCUUCUCCUCCCCAGCGGCGUUCUUCCCAGCGCCGCAGCAAUUAUGCCUAAUCCGUCCAGGAGAUGAGGUUCCAAGGCAACGAUCUCUCCGAACUACGACGCCUUCCAUAUCCGUCGUCGAACCGGAACCACGUUUAAGCUCGUCCCUCGCAUUCAGGGGCACGAGGGCUGGGACGUCGCAGAUCGAUGAGGGAUUAUAUCAUGUUUUGUAUUCC